AUGAGAAUGGGAUGUAAGGGAGCCGGCGAAAGGUCCCAUACCAGCACCUCCGUUUUGCAGGGUGGAUAUUGCCACUGCUCCUGCGUGGGGGAAGGUGUAAGAGGCUUGCUGAGCGCCUUUGGCAGCUCGUCCUCCGAGCAUCCUGCUACCCUCGUGCUGAGGGGGGUCAGCGUCAGAGAUGAUGGGAACUUGGAUGAUGUAACCGAGUACAAAGUCCCACAGGAAAAUCCUGACUCCUCUUCUCCUGUUGUCUUUGAAGCCGCAGCCCAGCCGGUAUCCAUCCCACACGCAGAGUCCCUGCUGUACGCGGACUGUGAUGGGGAGGAGGUGAACUGCGAGAUCUCCCCAUACAGCUCCCAGCGGGCUGGCGAGGGGCUCUGCCGUACCUCCUGGUCCAUCGACACCCUGCAGCUCUCCAGCGGGAUCAGUAUCGCCCCGGUGCUCAGCGGACCCCACUGUGGCAGCCGGGAGGAGGAGGAGGAGGAGGAGGAGCACGAUGCAACACUGCACCCAAAGCCGAGGGUGCCUAUGAGCAAGGAGGGGACGUUGCUGACCACAGUUGAAUUUCAAUUGUCGUCACACAACACUUCCUUGCACAGACAUCUUGGCAGCUCAGUCACCCUCGACUGCCACUUUGCCUUGGCUCCCAGCUCCUCGCUGCCCUCCCUGGAGCGGAGGAGACAGCACCGAGGCAGCGGCAGUAGCCUUUUCCAGUACCAGGCGGGGAGCACAGGCCCAGCAGCACAGCCAAAAAUCCACGUGGAUGUGGCGGAGCUGCUGGGGAGUGGGGAUGUAUCGCUUAGCCUGCAAGGAGUGAGCGUGGCAGACGAAGGGACAUACAUCUGUUUGGUGUCCACCCUGCUGCACCAGGCCCAGCACAUCAUCCAGCUGCAUGUGGCUGAGCCUCCAAGAGUUCGUGUGAUUCCAGCAGUGGUGUCAUUCAAGAGAGAUGUGACGACUACUCUGACCUGCAGCAUUGCUGGCUAUUACCCCUUGGACGUCUCGGUGAGCUGGACACAGAAGACUCCUGAGGAUGAAGUGGAAAUCCCUCUCACAAAUGCACAUUUCUCCAGCCACCUGCAAAGCCGAGACGGCACCUACAGCAUCACCUCCUACCUCAGCAUCAGCUCAGCCGCCGUGCGGGCACCAGCCACCUACAGCUGCCAUGUUUCACACGUGGCCCUGGCAGAGCCCAUCUCUGUGAGCGCCCAUCUUAGGGCACCAGAGCAAACGGGAUCGGAAGGACUGGCGGCGGGUUUCAUUGCUACUGCCAUUUUCAUUGUUGUCCUCUUCAUUGUGCUCAGGAGAAGAGCAGGUACCACAGUGGCACCUGAUCACCAGCUCGCCCUUCAGAACAUCUGGCAGGUUCCUGAUACGUUUCAAGAAAGAUCUAAUGUUAGUUUUGAUUCCUUUUACUAG